UUUUUAAUUUAGCAAACCAUAUAAUGUGGAAAAAUAAAACGUUUAUCUUUACCAAAACUUCUACCAAGCUAAAAUAGCUUUUAUCACUUUGUUAUAGAUCAUAAAACGGUAACAAAAUAUAUUGUAAAUACGUCUUAACCAAUAACUUUAGUUAGCGGUAGCGGCUCCUAUAAAUGAACUUUUAUACAAAUUAAAAAUGAGUUUUUUAAAUUAUAAAGAAAGAAUUGCGGAAGGUGAUACCGUAAUAUUAUAUUUAAGCAAUAGUUUGUACGCUUUGGAUGUCCAACGGCAAAUUAAGAAUAAAAAGGGCGAAUUAAUCGAAAAUGUGUUCCAAACACCCUUUGGUGCUUUGAAGGUUAGAAGUUUAAUUGGUGUGGAGUUUGGUAGCCGGGUGGAACUUUCCAAAGGAUGGGGCCACAUACUACAGCCUACACCGGAGCUCUGGUCAUUGACCUUGCCUCACCGGACACAAAUUAUAUACACUCCGGACAUCAGUAUGAUUAUGCUGCAACUUGAUUUAGUUCCAGGCAGUGUUGUUGUAGAAGCAGGUACAGGCAGUGGUUCUCUAAGCCAUGCUCUUAUAAGAAGAGUGCGACCUCGUGGGCAUGUGUACACGUUUGACUUCCACAAACACAGAGCAGACAUUGCCCAGGAGGAGUUCAAAGACCAUGGUCUUUCUGAGUUUGUUACUGCUCAACACAGAGAUGUGUUACAAGAUGGCUUCGGGGAGGAUUUAAAUGGCAAAGCUGAUGCAGUAUUCCUGGAUUUACCUAGUCCCUGGGUUGGAGUGCCUCAUGCCGUUGCUGCCAUUAAACCACAAGGCGGUCGAUUCUGUUCGUUCUCGCCGUGCAUCGAGCAGGUGCAGCGCACGUGCCUGGCGCUGCAGCAGCACGGCUUCCAGGACGCUAGCACGAUGGAAGUGCUGCAGAGCGAGCUGCGCGUCAGCCGCCGCACCGUGCCCAUCCGGGACCUCUCCUUCCUCAAACAUAAGGGUGCUGAAAAUCCGGUGGGAGAGAAACCAAACAGAGACACCAGCUACAUAGUUGGAGCGUGGCCCGCCAGCAACCCUGGCCACACUGGGUACCUCACUGUGGCAACACUACCGCCUGCCUUCCGGCGGAAAGGUAAAUCCAAACCAGCGCCAGAGACGACCGCAACAGCACAAAGCGAAAGCAGCAAAAUGGAAACUGAGUAAAAUAAGAAUGCACUAAAUUACAUUAUUCUAUUAUUAUAUUUACGAACAACAUGUAUUGUCUUGACCAAACCUUAAUGAAAUUUAUUUGUAAGUUCUUCGAUUCUUCAUGAAUUAAAAGUAAAGAUAUA